AGUCACCUCUGACCCGGAAGUACUAUCGAAGAAGCGUUUAAGCUAGUUUGCACAAAUGGAAAACAGUUUGAUGAACUAUGUUGUCCGAAUUUACGCUACUAUUUCUUGAUUUUGAUAUAAGAUUUGGUGUUGCUGCCGUCUGUCCUGUAAUCACUUGUGAUCAAUGAGGGCUUUGGCCAGCCAUGGCUGUCGUGUCAUGGAAGGAGAUUUUAUUUCUGACUGGACUGGUGGUGGGAUGUUACUGGAACAGUCUCUCGUGUGGCUUUGUGUUUGAUGAUGUCUCAGCUAUCCUCGACAACAAGGACCUCCGGCCCACCACCCCCAUUCGCAACCUGUUUCUCAAUGACUUUUGGGGCACCCCCAUGGCUGAGGAGCGGAGCCAUAAAUCUUACAGACCCCUGACGGUGCUCACAUUCCGACUGAACUACCUCGUCAGUGAACUCAGCGCAGCUUCCUACCACCUGUUAAAUAUUGUUUUACAUGGCGUUGUCUGUGUGCUUUUCCUGCGGGUUUGCCGGUUGUUCCUGGACAAGACCUCCAGCUUAGUGGCAGCGCUGCUGUUUGCUGUGCACCCCAUCCACACCGAGGCUGUUACUGGUGUGGUUGGUAGAGCUGAACUUCUUUCUUCAAUUUUCCUCCUGGCUGCUUUUUUGGCAUACACUAAAUCCACUGGCACUGACCACUCCAUUGUUUGGGCUCCCAUCGCACUGACUGUAGUCCUGGUAGCUGCAGCAACACUGUGUAAAGAGCAGGGAAUAACUGUGGUCGGCAUCUGCUGUGUCCAUGAAGUGUUCGUUGCACAAGGGUUCACCCUGCCAAUGCUGCUGGACACUUUACGGCAAGUCUUGCAGGGUAAAGAUGGGUUCCCGUAUGCUGUCCUGCAAACGCUCCUGAAGCUAAUUGUCCUCGUCAUCAGCACUCUGCUGCUUGUCAUCAUCAGGGUUCAAGUCAUCCAGUCCCAGCUUCCUGUCUUCACCAGAUUUGAUAACCCAGCAGCAGUCAGUCCCACUCCAUCAAGACAACUGACUUUCAACUUCCUGCUUCCUGUGAAUGCAUGGCUUCUGCUGAAUCCAUCAGAGCUCUGCUGUGACUGGACUAUGGGUACCAUCCCCCUGGUAGAAUCACUUCUGGACUUUCGAAACCUGGCCACCUUGAUGCUCUACACAUUUCUGGGACUACUGGCCCACCACAGCCUGCGCUACAGGCAUACCUCAGCCAAGACAGUCAUCAUGGCGUUGUCUUUGAUCGUCCUGCCUUUUGUUCCAGCGUCCAACCUCUUCUUCCCAGUGGGUUUUGUUGUGGCCGAGAGGGUUCUUUAUGUUCCCAGUAUGGGAUUCUGUGUUCUCAUAGCACAUGGAUUCAAGAUUGUCUCUCACACUGGACCAUUAAAGAAGAUUUCUUGGCUGAUGAUCGGAGUGCUGCUAACUACACAUGCAGUGAAAACAUUCAACAGAAACUGGGACUGGGAGUCAGAAUACACUUUGUUCACUUCUGCCCUGAAGGUUAACAAGAACAAUGCCAAACUAUGGAAUAAUGUUGGCCACGCUUUAGAGAACCAGAAUAAUUAUGCAAUGGCCCUGCGGUAUUUUCUCCAGGCUACUCAUGUCCAGCCAGAUGACAUUGGCGCUCACAUGAAUGUCGGUAGAACCUAUAAGAACCUGAACAGGUCCAAAGAGGCAGAAGAAGCUUAUUUGGUUGCCAAAUCCCUGAUGCCACAGGUUAUUCCAGGAAAGAAGUAUGCAACACGUGUGGCACCAAAUCACCUCAAUGUUUAUAUAAACCUGGCUAAUCUGAUCCGGGCCAACAACUCACGGCUGGAGGAGGCUGAUCAGCUCUACAGACAGGCAAUCAGCAUGAGGCCAGACUUCAAACAAGCCUACAUCAGCAGAGGGGAGCUGCUGCUAAAGAUGAACAAGCUAUCUGAAGCUCGUGAUGCCUACCUACGAGCUUUGGAGCUCGAUGGCACCAACGCAGACCUUUGGUACAACCUGGCCAUCGUCAACAUCGAGAUGAAAGACCCGUCUGAGGCACUAAAGAAUUUCAACCACGCCCUGGAACUCAACCCGCGCCACAAGCUAGCACUCUUCAACUCAGCGCUGCUCAUGCAGGAGUUGGGAGAGCCAAAGUUCUGGCCUGAAGCCAACCGGCGUUUCCUCACCUACGUGGAGGAGGAGCCUGACGACGCCAACGGCUACUUCAACCUCGGCAUGCUGGCCAUGGACGCCGCUGAGAAUGCAGCUGCUGAGCACUGGAUGCGUAAAGCCAUCGGCUUGCAGGCUGGCUUCCGCAGCGCCCUCUUUAACCUGGCCUUGCUUUACUCUCAGUCCAAGCGCGAGGUGGACGCGCUGCCCGUGCUGGACGAGCUGCUGCACCACCACCCGGAGCACAUUAAAGGCCUGAUCCUUAAAGGCGACAUCCUCAUGAACCACAAGAAGGACACAAAAGGGGCCAAAGUCUGCUUCGAGCGCAUUCUGCGCAUGGACCCCACCAACGUCCAAGGCAAGCACAAUUUGUGUGUUGUUUAUUUUGAAGAGCGGGACUUGCCACGGGCCGAGCGGUGCCUCGAGGAGACCCUGGCCCUGGCACCAAACGAGGAGUAUGUGCGUCGGCAUUUGAGCAUCGUACGCAGUAAAAUGGCAGCCAUGAGUGCCGCUGGACAGCCGAUAUCAGGAGAAAGAGUCAGAACAUCAGAUGAGGAAGUGAAGCCACAGGGAGUCAACGAAGGAGCAGAGGAGGUUGCUGAGAGUGAGAAGGAAGGGAGGGGUGCUGAUGUUGGAAAGGAGGCCGUUGGUGAGAAGAAUGAGCGGAAAUCCUUAGCAGAAAGCCUCGGAGGUGGGGGGGCAGAGCAGCCAAAAUCUGUAGACAGUAGGCAGACUGAGCAGCAGACGAGGGGUAAGUCCACUAAAGAGAUUAAAGACAUCGAGGAGAAAAGGGCCGCUGCCUUAAAGAGACUGGAGGAGAUCGAGCGCAUAUUGAGCGGUGACUAACACUUUAUAGUUGGGUUGGACUACUUCUCUAGAACCUUUCAGUACUCCAUAGGACUGCAGCGCCACCUCCACACACCAUCACUACAAAUGUUCCUCAUCCCUUUUUCUCUUUGCACCUGCUCCACUUCCAUCAGCAAGGUCCUGGUUCAUCACCAACUGUGUGAAAAAGUUGUGUUCAGCAAAUUAGGUUCACUUAGCAACAAGCACAAAGCCAAUCUGGGGUUGUCUGAAGCUCGGGUGUGUGUGUGUGUGUGUUUAUGUGGGGGGGUGCGUGCGAGAGCUGCACCUGGUCGUUGUUUUUACUUUUGAAUCUGCAUUUAUAUUUUUGUUAUCACGUUUAGUCUUUGUUUAUCACUGGAUUUCUCCUUGAAUAAGAUGUGAGUCACUCUUCUGUUGGUGUUUUUGAAAACAGAACGAUUGUAACGUGCACAAUUAAAGGAAAUGACACCCCUCCCCCAGAGGCAGGAUGAUAUGAGAGCAGCUCGGGGCUCUAAAUAAAACAACCCUCCACAGUUCCACUACAACAAGCUUCACCACCCCACCUUAUACUCGUUGAUCUCAGUUCCUGUCAUUACAUCAUCAUCAUCUUCACUUCAGUUUUACUGUGAGCCCAUUUACAGACUUUAGUCACGUCCAUGUCUGCUUCAUCCAGCAGAUGCUACAUCCUCACUGAAGUUUAUUUUUUUGGUUGAACUACCCCAUUCACAUAGCUCUGACAUUAGCAACACCCAGUUUUAUACGCUGAUCAACGACUCACACCCCACCUCCAUAAAAACAUUUUUAUUUUCCAAAGCUCCUUCCAAAUGAAGUUGGGGGAGUUUUCACUGCACAACAACAAAACCUGAGCUUCCUCUCCUCACAAUACGAUGAUGUAAGUAAGUCAUUAUGAACAAAGCAGCAGUGGGGUGUGAAGAAUUCACUUUAGACUUGCUUUAAAAAUCUCUAAAUCCAAUAAGGAUCGUUGGAUGGCCUACGGGGAACAGACUUCCCAUCAUGUCACAUUUAGUUCCACUAGACAUUUGCUGCACAACAGUCUGAUUUACCAAUGGAAAGUGGAAAUCAGAAUGAUGAAACAACUUGCUCAACAUUCUUUAAAGCUCAUAUUUUUGACACUACAGGACUAAAAUAACACAUAAUGAGGAGGUUGUUUAUAGUUGAAUGUCAAUCAAACAUGUUCAGUAGUGGGACAUUAAAGAGCAAGUCACCCCCUACCAAAGUAUUACUCCACUCCCGCUUCCUGUUUGAAAAAUGCAACAAAUGCUGUUGCCUGGCAGAUGAAGAGGGCGGAGCCGCUAACAAAUACACACACAGGCUCGUGACAUUGUGACAUCACAAUGUACCAGCUAACGUCAAUUGUACCUCUUAGCCAAUGGUGAUGGCAGAUUUAAAUUUAGAUGCAGUGCAGAGUUUUUACCUGAAGAGGGCGCAACACUGACAGUUUUAGGCAGAAUAUUUAAAUUUUAACUAAGAUGCACUAAAGUGCCAAAUUAUUAACUACACGUCUACAGCACGAUUAGACACUCAUUUAAACCAAUUUCCCUCCAGGAUUAAUACAGUAUUUUUGAAUUGAAUUGAAUAUCAUUUAUCAGCAAAAACAAAAUGAUUUGGGUGUGACUUGCUCUUUAAAAUAUGGUGAAGCCACAUAAAACAGGUUCCAAAAAAGCCAAGUAGGCUGUUUUGUAGUAAAACUUUAAAAUUGUACUCACUUUUCUGUCAAAGAUAAAUAGCUGUUCGCUAUUAGCUGAGCUUUGAUUACUCGUUAAUAUCUUUGGUGAAUUGUGUUUGACAAAGAACAUGAACAGGGUUACAGACAUUCCCCAAGGUGAACGUUGACUUUCAUAAUCCAUUACUUAGUUGGUUUUUUUACACAGUUUAGUAAAAAAAAAAAAAAAGGUUCUUUAGCUGACAUGUUUCAGCUAAUGCCUAUAGUCAUCAUCAGAGUUCGCCGGUAUUGGUGGCGUUACUUCCGUUUAUCCAUUUAUUGCUAAACUGUGUAAAAAAAGAACAAAGUAAAGGAUUACGAAGUUAAAGAGCAAGUCAACCCCAAAUCAACUUUUUUUUCUGAUAAACUAUAUAAAUGUGUGUCUAAUCGUGCUGCAGACACGUGUGGUCAAUAGUUUUGCACUUCAGUGCAUUUUAGUUAAAAUUUAAAUCUUCUGCCGUUGCCGGGUAAAAACUCUGCACUGCAUUUGAAUUUAAAUCUGUCAUCGCUAUUGGCUAAGAGGUACCCUAGAACGUUAGCUGGUACCAUAUGAUGUCACAAUGUCGUUGUGAGCCUGUGUGUGUGUGUAUUUGUUAGCGGCUCCGCCUUCUUGGUCUGCUAGGCAACAGUAUUUGUUGCAUUUUUCAAACAGGAAGUGGGAGUUGAGUAAGAAUCUGGUAGGGGGCAACUUGCUCUUUAAACACAGAACAAACAUACAAAAGAGUUGACUUUAGGAGUUUUGUUUUGGGAAAUGCGUAAGAGUCGCAUUAUUCAUGUAUAGCAACCAGUUGCUCAAAGUUCUUAAGGUUUUUGCUCUUCUGUGCGUGCUUAUUAUUAGUAGUAGUAGUAGCAUUAAUAUUAUUAUUCUUGUUAAUGCUGGAAUAAAAUAAGACUGUUGAUAAGGGGCAGUAGGGCGGUACGGAUAAACCUUGCUAUGCAUUGACCUCGUCUGACCCUGGAAGAUCUUUGUAAAUAUGUUUUAGGGGUUUUAAUUUCCAGUGUUAUUUUCUCCAUACUGUAUUAAACCUGUGUCAGUAUACGUCAUGGUGCUUCACUUUGUGUCCAUUAAUGUUUUGAAGUGUUUUGCAGAUGACUGCGCCCAAGCAGGAAGUACGGCUCUGAACGGUGAAGUGUCUGGUGUUCUACAUUUCUUCUCUCACCUCAAAUCCCUGUUUAUUUCAGUUGUAUUUUUACACUUGAAGACAUUUUAAUGUGGCAUCUCUUGGUGGUUGGGGUCUUGGUUAUUAAAUAAAGUGAAAUGAAAACA